CCAAGACCACUUCUUUCAUCUUGUUUUGAACAAAAGUUUUUCUCUUCUUUUCAGACUGUCAGAAUGUCCGAAACCAAUAUGAAAUUCUGCAGUAGUUAUUUUCUGGUCGAUCCGACCAAAGCAAGCAUCUUUGAUCUUCUUCUCCUUUUGUUUUCCCCAAAUCUGACCAGCAAAAGAUUUAUAGAUUCUCCACAGGAUACGCUCAAAAGCGCCCGAAAAAGUUUUGCGAGUCGAUGGAUUAUUGCAUUGGCCAUUUUGGUUCAAAAAAUAUUUAUAUUCUUAAGAAAACCACUGGAAUUCAUAGGUCGUUUGCUUACCUAUUUGCCCAAUCUUCUUACUGCAAAUGGAGGCUUCUUCAACUUGAUACUUCACCUUUUGACAGGAAAGUUGGUGAAGCCCAAUGAAUCGUCGGCGACAUAUGCUUCGUUUAUAGGAUGCACAGAUCGAAGAGUAGAGCUUGACGAGAAGAUUAAUGUUGGUACCAUCGAAUACAAGUCGAUGCUGUCAAUAAUGGCUUCUAAGAUCGCUUAUGAAAACAAAUCUUUCAUCACUACCGUCGUCAAGAACACUUGGAAGAUGGACUUCGUGGGUUACUACGACUUUUACAACGCGUUCCAAGAAGGAAAUCUGACGCAAGCCUUUAUGUUCAAGGCGUCAAGCACAAAUCCGAACCUCAUCGUCGUCAGCUUCAGAGGAACCGAACUUUUCAGCUCUGAUGAUUGGUGUACUGAUCUCGACCUCUCUUGGUAUGAAAUGAAGAACGUUGGCAAAGUCCACGCUGGGUUCUCGAGAGCUCUUGGUCUCCAAAAGAACGGAUGGCCCAAAGAAGUUAUAAGCCUCACACACCAAUAUGCUUACUACACUAUCAGACAGAAGCUUCGGGACAUGCUUGGCAGAGACAAGAAUCUUAAGUUUAUAUUAACAGGUCAUAGCCUUGGUGGCGCACUUGCUGCUCUGUUUCCGGCGAUUCUUGCAUUUCACGGUGAGGAUGAGCUACUUGAUAAGAUAGAAGGAAUCUACACAUUUGGACAGCCACGUAUAGGGGAUGAGGAGUUUGCGGAGUUCAUGAAGGAAGUUGUGAGAAAGCAUGGAAUAGAGUAUGAAAGGUUCGUUUAUAACAACGAUAUGGUGACUAGAGUACCCUUUGAUGACAAGGUUUUAUGCUUAUACAAGCACUAUGGAUCUUGCAAUUACUUCAACAGUUUCUACAUAGGAAAGGUAACAGAAGAUGCACCGAAUGCGAACUACAUGAGUUUGUUGUGGCUAAUACCGAAACUGUUGAAUGGUGUGUGGGAGUUUAUAAGGAGUUUCAUAAUACAGUUUUGGAAAGGCAGUGAGUACAAAGAGAACUGGACGAUGAGGUCUAUGAGGAUUGUGGGAAUACUAGUCCCUGGUGCAUCUGACCAUUUCCCACGUGAUUAUGUCAACUCCACGCGUUUGGGAGGCUUGGCUCGACCUGUUACUACUACUCCUCCUGAUGAUAAACUUGCCCUCAUUGCUUGAAAUAAAUUCAAAUCCAUUCAAUAUGUAAUGAUAUGAAGAGCAGUCACACUCAAGUUAUGCAGAAGAAAGACCAAGGCUUGUUGAGGAAACCCAAUUCUCGAUAUAUGUACUAAGUCUUCAGACUAAAUAAUGGAUGAUUUCAUUUGGUACUUGUUUUUUAUUUCCCUUAUUUGCUUAAAAAGAGAGAGAGAAAAAUACCCAGUUGUUUAUUCCCACUUCAGUUGUUGUCUUCUAUUUGUAAGGAUCAAAAGGUUAUAAUUUAUUUACAUAAAGACGGGAACAAAACAAAUAAA